CGGAGGCCGAAUAAGACCGGAAUAUAAAGAAAAAUGCGAUUUCAAAAGUCUGCCACUGGAAUCACAUAUUGAUAGGAUAGAUUUUAAGCUGGAAAUGGUUGUCGAGACCACUUGUGAAGUUUUAGAAAACUUGUAUCAGGAAUCGUACAGUAAGGAAUGGCGAGAAUUUUUUGACCAAUACAACAGUACCGACGGCAUUCAAGAAAUAUUUGUGAAAAGAGGAGAUGAAUGGAAUAGUCCCAAGGGUCCACGUAAACGCUACCAACGUUUUCGUGAUAAGCGUUAUAUUUGUGAUGAAUGCGGUCGCUGUUUCACUUUAAAACAAAAUGUUCAGUAUCAUAUCGUUACUUAUCACCUUGGUAAUCAACAGAUCACCACCAGUCGUGGCAAACGUUACGUUUGCCUUACUUGUCAAAAAGUAUAUCGAAGUGCCGAAGCGGCUCGACAUCACAAUGAACGAGACCAUUUCCGCUUGCCUAAUGUACAAAUUCAUCGCUGUUCCACAUGUACUCGUAUUUUCCCGAGCAAUACCCAAUUGAAGGAACAUAUAUCUAUACAACAUCUACAACAGAGGCCUUAUGUGUGUGAUAAAUGUAACGCGCGUUUUGGUCGACAGGGAGGCCUACGACGUCAUCAUAUAAUGGUGCAUACGAAUCGGCGAUAUAGUUGUGCCUAUCCGGGUUGCACCCAUCCAGGUUUCAAAUGUUCUAAGGCUCUAGCAGCUCACAUUCGAUCACAGCACACUAAAGACAGACCUUUCGCGUGCUUCGAAUGCGGAAAACGUUUUGUACGUCGCAACGACCAGCGUGUUCAUGAGUUGUUGCAUGCUUCUCAUGAACAGUUCGACUGUAAAAAAUGUGGACAGCGUUUUCGCCGUCAAAUUUAUCUCAAGAAACACGAGAGCUCAUGUCGAGUGAUUAAUGAUAAUGCGAUUGCCUAUUCGUCCAUCCAUAACAAUGGGUGAAGCAAAUUUUCAGCCUCAACAGUGAGCAUAUGAAUGGAAAAUUCGUAUUCGACAUAUGAAGAAAACUUUCCACUCUGUGACUUUU